AUGUCUAUAAUGGAUGGCCGUGUCGAAUUGUAUGAAGAAGUAAAACUUUAUCGUACUGCACGCGAAAGAGAAAAGUAUGACAAUCUUGCUGAACUCUAUGCUGUUAUCAACACUAUACAAUGUUUACAAAAAGCAUAUAUUAAGGACUAUGUGGAAUCAAAAGAGUAUACUGCUGCCUGUUCAAAGCUUCUUGUCCAGUACAAAGCUGCAUUUAAACAAGUUCAAGGAGAUGAAUUUGCUACUGUAGAAGAUUUCAUGCGAAAAUAUAAAAUGGAUUGUCCAGCAGCUCUAGAGCGUAUUAAGGAGGGAAGACCGAUAACUAUCAAGGAUGAUAAACAAAAUAUAAAUAAAAGUAUUGCUGAUACUGUUUCUUUGUUUAUUACUAUUAUGGAUAAGCUGCGACUAGAUAUUCGCGCAGUGGAUGAACUCCAUCCAGAUCUUCGAGAAUUGUAUGAAACCCUUUAUCGGUUGAGUAUUCUACCUGCAGAUUUUGAGGGUAAAGAUAGAGUGAAAGCCUGGCUAGACAAAAUGGAUCAAAUGCAAGCGUCUGAUGAAUUAUCUGAAGCUGAAGUACGACAGAUGCUUUUUGAUUUAGACUCUGGAUAUAAUGCCUUCAAUCGGACAUUGCAUUCUGGCCAGUGA